AUGGACGCGAAGCCACGGGAGCUCUACUUGCUAUUCCGAGCAUACGAGGGCUACGAGGGUUCGCUGUUGAAGGUCACCAGUAAGAAUGGAAAAACAGCUUCGCCGGUGGGUUUCGUCACCUUCCACACCAGAGCAGGUGCUGAGGCUGCCAAGCAAGAUCUUCAGCAGGGCGUCCGGUUCGACCCCGACAUGCCGCAAACGAUUCGGCUGGAGUUCGCUAAAAGCAACACGAAGGUCAGCAAGCCGAAGCCGGCAGUUGCCACAGCCGCGCCAGCCGCACACCCCGCAUUGAUGCACCCACUCACUGGACACUUAGCGAGCCCGUUCUUCCCGGGCGGAGGCGCCGAGUUGUGGCACCACCCGCUGGCGUACGGCGGCGAGCUGCCGACCUUGUCCCACGGACUGGUGCAUCCCGCCAUCCACCCACAGAUGGCGCCGACCCCGUUGACGCUGGGCGCGUGCGUGUUGCCUGCGCCCGCGCUGGGCUCGCCGGGGGCGGGGGUGCCCGCACCCCCCGCGCACCCCGCGCACCCCUCGCACCCCGCCCACCCGGCGCACCCCGCGCCCCCAUGCUCCACCCUCUUCGUCGCGAACCUCGGCCAGUUCGUCUCCGAGCACGAGCUCAAAGAGAUCUUCAGCAGCUGCCCCGGCUUCUCGCGGCUCCGGCUUCUGACCGGCGGCGGCGGGGGCGGCUCGGGGCCGGUGGCCUUCGCGGAGUUCGUUAGCGCUGGCGACGCGGCCGCCGCGAUGGCCCGCCUGCAGGGCGCCCUCCUCCUCAGCUCUGAGGGCGCCAUCCACCUCGAAUACGCGAGGCAUAAGUUGGCACACAACGGCUGGAUUCUCGCACACGAAGGAGCCAAAGGCGGAGAAGAGGGCGAACAGCAU